GGGAAAAGUCAGGCUGCUUCAUGUAGUAAGAGAAAAGAGGCCAUUGUGGCAUAAUACAGCAGCAAGGCCCCAAACUUCGAUUGAAAUAAUGAAUGAUUAUCAUCUUCUUGUGAAUGUGGACAAAUGGAUAGCAGAGAACCAGAAUAAUUUCCGGCCACCAGUCUGCAACAAGCUGAUGCACUUUUCCCAGUUAAACAUUAUGUUUGUUGGAGGACCAAAUACCAGGAAGGAUUACCAUAUAGAAGAAGGGGAGGAGCUUUUCUACCAGUUGAAGGGGGACAUGUGUCUGAAGGUGAUUGAAAAUGGCAAGCACAAGGAUGUGCACAUCAAGGAGGGAGAGAUGUUUCUGCUGCCUGCUCGGAUCCCCCAUUCCCCUCAGAGACAGGCCAAUACGGUGGGACUCGUGGUAGAGAGGAAACGGCUGCUCGCGGAGACUGACUGCCUCAGGUACUAUGUUGACAACACAACUGACAUCCUGUUUGAGAAAUGGUUCUACUGCAAAAAUCUCGGAACCGAGCUGGUGCCGAUAAUCCAAGAGUUCUUGGCAUCAAUGCAGUACAAGACGGGGAAACCUGAUCCGAAUGAAGUCUUCAGAGAUCCUCCAUUCCAGAUGAACAACAUGAACGUGAUGUCGCCAUUCUGCUUUAAGUCCUGGCUGGAAAAACAAAAAGCAUUCCUUGCCAACGGCAGCCCCAUUAACAUGUUUGGUGCACAGUUUGAGACGGAGGUAACUAUGUUUGGACCUGGUUUGUCUGAGGCAUCCUUGCCACAAAGUGAUGUAUGGGUUUGGCAACUGGAGGGAUCAUCAGCAGUCACCAUGAAUGAGCAGGAGUUUGAGCUCUCUGCCGGAGACAGUCUACUCAUUCCCGAGCACACACAGUACCAGUGGAAGAGAGAUGUGCAGACUGUUGCACUGGUUGUGGUUCAAAACCCUGAGCGUAAAAGACACUGAUCACACCUGCCACCAAAUGCCACACUCAGAAAUUCCUCAGGCAUAAAAAUGCAAUCAUGUAUGACUGCAUAAUUGCUCAUCAAAAGUGACCUGACCUGUGUGACAUUGAUAUCAAAUCAACAGACCAACACUAGUUUAAUUAAACGAAUACCACACAAAUACUAGUUUUAUUAAUUUAUGUAUUUAUUGUACACACCAUGUCAAAUUCAGAGUGCAGGUUGAAAAAAUGUGAACCCCUUUGGCCUGCUUUUUGGCAACGGCUGUGGUGAAUGACUAAAUUGCUGUUUGCAUUGUUGAAAAAAUUCCAUUUGAUGAUGAGGAAUUUACAUACUUGUAACGUUCUCGCAAUAAAGUCACAUUGUCUUCUUGUA